AUAGCUCCAACUUUGCUCAUUUGUAGAUCAGACAUGCCUUCAUCUCGCGUCAUUGCGUCUGCGAUAGCGCUUUUGGCGUUCAUCGCUGUAUUUUUUUCCGCAUCAACGGAGGCUACUGCCUUGACCUAUAAUGUAGCUGCCCACGAAAAGGCUUGUUUUUAUAGCUGGGCUGAUGUUCCUGGAAAGAAAGUCGCCUUCUACUUUGCUGUACAAACUGGUGGAUCCUUCGAUAUCGAUUACUCUGUUGAAGGACCAUCUGGCAAGGUGAUCUUAAAUGGAGAGCGCGAACGACAAGGCGACUAUGUAUUCACAGCUAAUGAUGUUGGCGAAUAUUCUUUCUGUUUUUCAAAUGACAUGUCUACGUUUGCGGAGAAAUUGGUCGAUUUUGAGAUCACGGUUGAGAACGAAGCAAGACCAAGCUACCAAUCCAUUGGAUCACAGAUCCAACCUCCAGAAUCCGUCGGCUUUAUGGAAGAAUCACUAUUCAGACUCUCAGGCUCUCUUUCCAACAUAGCCAGAACUCAAAAGUACUUCCGAACCCGUGAAAACCGUAACUUCAGCACUGUGGUGUCGACCGAGAAGAGAAUCUUCUGGUUUGCUGCUACUGAAGGCAUUGCUAUCAUCGCCAUGGCAGGAUUACAAGUUUUCGUUGUUCGUAACUUCUUCAACGUUAAGAAGGGAGGAGUUUAAGCGAGGAGUAUUGUACUGCCGUUAAAAAUAAAAAAAGCAACAAAACACAUCAUUAACCUAAAAACGAGUUCCAAUGGAUGCAUGCUUUGCCUUGAAUAUUAAUAUGUCUUUUUCAGCCCGCCUAAUCUGUUGUGGCUGUACUUUUCGGCCUGGCUGGAUCGUCGCAACUGCGAGCUUGCUAGAAGUCGAUCGAUUUCCAUGGAGACAGAGGUUAUUAGACGUCCAUACCAUUGGAUCAUGAAGGAGCUUUCAAUCAAUUAAAUAGACACUACGAAAACCCUGU